GCGGAGCUCAGCGAGCCCGGAGCAGGGAGCAGCCCCCCCACGGCCGGCCUCAGUCACCAUCACACCGCGGGAGGCGGCGCAAACAGCCAGUCACCACCACCGUCCGCACCGAACAGCCGCCGCCAUGAGCAGCGAGGCCGAGACCCAGCCGCCCGCCGCCCCCGUCCCCGCGGCGGCCCCCGCCGCCCCCGCCGACUCCAAGCCUAACGGCGGGACCGGGAACGGGGGCAGCGGCCUGGCCUCGGCGGCGCCUCCCGCCGGCGGGGACAAGAAGGUCAUCGCAACGAAGGUUUUGGGAACAGUGAAAUGGUUCAACGUGAGGAACGGUUACGGCUUCAUCAACAGGAAUGACACCAAGGAAGAUGUGUUUGUCCAUCAGACUGCCAUAAAGAAGAAUAACCCCAGGAAGUACCUCCGCAGCGUAGGAGAUGGAGAGACCGUGGAGUUUGAUGUGGUUGAGGGAGAAAAGGGUGCGGAGGCAGCUAAUGUUACAGGUCCUGGUGGAGUUCCAGUGCAAGGCAGUAAAUACGCAGCAGACCGUAACCAUUACAGACGAUAUCCACGUCGUAGGGGUCCUCCACGCAACUACCAGCAAAACUACCAGAACAGUGAGAGUGGGGAAAAGAACGAAGGAGCAGAGAACAUACCAGAAGGUCAAGCCCAGCAACGCCGUCCCUAUCGCAGGCGGCGGUACCCACCUUACUAUAUGCGUAGGCCCUACGGGCGUCGACCACAAUAUUCCAACCCUCCCGUGCAGGGAGAGAUAGUGGAGGGUGCUGACAACCAGGGUGCAGGAGAACAAGGCAGACCAGUCAGGCAGAACAUGUAUCGAGGUUAUAGACCACGAUUUCGCAGCUUGACUUUCAGGGGUCCUCCUCGUCAAAGACAGCCUAGAGAGGAUGGGAACGAAGAAGAUAAAGAGAACCAAGGGGAUGAGACCCAAAGUCAGCAGCCACCUCAACGUCGGUACCGUCGUAACUUCAACUACCGACGCAGACGCCCAGAGAACCCUAAACCACAAGAUGGCAAAGAGACGAAGACAGCCGAACCACCAGCUGAGAACACGUCCGCUCCCGAGGCCGAGCAGGGCGGGGCUGAGUAAAUACCGGCUUACCAUCUCUACCAUCAUCCGGUCAUCAAAGAAAAGACUUAAGAAAUGAAGAAGAAAAGAAAAUGAAAUUCCAGCAAUAAGAAAUGAAC